AUGGCGGCGAGUAAGAGUGAAGAGGUGAUCCCCAAGACAGUCUCAUCAGUCAUGUGGACCUGGUUUUGUUUUGCGGUGUGAGACCUUGAACUAAUCACAGUGUUCAGAGUCUUGACUUUGUCAUUUACAGUUUUAUUUUAAAGAGAAAAAGAAAAAAUCAUUAAAAUUUGUAAAUCAAGUUUUUGUUUCAUUUCCAGCUCAUAUCACCCAGCCCUAGACUUUCCUGUUGUAUCUGUGGUUUUAACUACUGAGUGGCUGAACGCUAGAGUUAGCUGUGUUCUGGUGUUAGCUUACAGGCUACCAACAAGACCCAAUGACUCCCUCGUCAUCUUUAUCUUUAGUCUACGUGUCUAAUUAGUAAGAAUCAUGAAAUAUAUACCAUUUAAGAGCUACAGCAUAGGGCUGGGCGAUAUGGCCUCAAAUCGUUCAGAUCAUAAUAUAUUGAUCAGUUCACCUCGAUAACGAUAAAUGGACGAUAACUACUCCACAAGCUGCUCACCCCCUCCCACAUUAACUUCGUCUACUUCAGCCGCUUCAACUUUUGAAGAAACACUGUCCAUGUUUACUUAACUAAUGAGUCACACCAGCAGAACAGAGCCGGUCUUUACUGUAACUGCUAUAAUAUCAAUAAAAAGCACUUUAGCCGCUCUCAGAUAAAACACAAACCGGCGUGAACAUAAAUAAUCUGUCUGAUGGGUAAAGAAACGUCGGACAGCUCAUCCAUUACGUCAGCUCUCCCACCUUGUGCUCGUUUCUCCUUCAUAAGAAUCAAAUCCCAUUUAACUGCUGCAGUUCAAUAAAACCUGCUGCCACUCUCAGUGUUUACACUGCUAAUUAAAGCUGAUAAUGAUUUGUGGAGAGCAGGAGCUUUAAUUGUCUAUCCCCAGCUGACUCUGAAACUGUAACGCUCGUACAAAACAAAGUUUCACAUUGAAUUACUGAUCCCUCUCCGUUCCAGAUCACUGUUAUUCCAGCUCCUAAGACCGAGGAGGUCCGACAAAGCGCCGGGUGAUGACAGCCUAUUAUCCUGUACAAAUGGCAAUGCAGCUGAUUUCCAGAGCUGUAAGUAUGACUGGCACCUCAGCAUUGCAUUUAGAAAUAGUCCUGCAGCUUGAAAUCCGCCCACUGGCUUUCUCAGCAUCCACUGUGAAUUAAGGUCACAGUUUCAAUCAAGGUUGUGUCUCCAGGCUUGCAGAGGGGAAAAAUUCUCUCUCUCUUUUCUGUGUGAGUCUGUCUGCGUUUCUCUGAUGACAUUAAUUUACUGUUGCAGGCGUUAGAGGGUUUGUUCUCUCCCUGCAGGAGAUGCUGCAGAGGCAGAGCUAGCGCUAAUCAAAACUGCAGGGCAGCUCUUUGCAGGAUCCAAAGGUUUCUCGGAGGAACAGAAGCCCGGGAUGGAGGCGAGGUGACCUCAGAUAAAACCGGCUCAACCUCUGUCCGCUCUGACUCGCUCAGGGCGACGGUGCAGCAGCCAGGCAGAGACGGUAUGGAGGGAAGAGGAGCUAACUCCAAGGACAACACAAACAAAGUGAGCCCAACUCAGAGGAAAUGCACAGAGGCUGCAUGA